AGCAAUUACUUGGUGGAUUACCUGCUCGUUACUGAAUUUAGAGUUUAUUUCUUGGACAAAAUUCUGGGUUUAAAGUGAUUGCUUAUGAAAUCUUUUGAGUUUUGAUAGAUUUUUAUUGGUUUCCUCGCUGUAAUUGGAAUUGUUGUCUUCUCUCUCGUUCUCUAAUUCAUCGAGGAUUUUGCUAGAUUUCAUACUAGGGUCCGUAUGGAUUUACAUUUAAAGAACCUGUUUGAUAGAUUCCAGGAGCAAUUUAUAAAGCCCCUAUUUAAAGCCUCUGCAGCCCUAUAUAGAACUGAACCUUGGAGGAGAUUGCGCCCUGGACAUCUGUUUGGUAUCCGAGUCGGGAAAGAAUCAGAUUGGUCUGGGAAAAAACAGCCUUUUCCUUGUUCCCAGUUCAUUGGAGGAGAUGGUGGGGAUAUCGGGUUUUAUAUGUUCAGAUCUGAAAAUGAUGCUAAGAAGAUGACAGGCUCAAGGGAGACAAUUAAAGUCCCGAAUGUUGAGCUUUUGAGGGUUACAUAUGAGAUUGAGAAGUUAAUGUUUCCUUCCAACCGCAAAAUGAUCAAGUCAUUGUCACUGGAAGCAUCUGGGAACGAUCGGUUUCCUGUUAUUGAUGUGACACGCUGCACAUCUUCAGGCGAGCUUCAGUUUAGGAAUCCUACCCUGGAAGAACUAAAGUUCGUCUACGCAUUCAUGAGAGCCAUUUCCCUGGUGCACCCAUUGCUUCAGGCAGAUAAAGAAGGUGGUUCAAACUGGACAAGGUUGAUACGUUUCGACCCCUUUAUUGAAACAGUUGACAUUCAGUGGCCUCCAGAAAUGGCUAAAGGUCAUGAACUUGUUGCUGUUACAAUCUCUCAUCCGCCUGGUCAGGCAUAUGAAGAAAAGACAAGUUCAACAGCCAGCUCAACGCCAACCAAGUAUGCAGAGCCACCAGAUGAUGCCACCUUCAUGGAUAUUAGAGUAAACUCAAAUUCCAGCUCAAGGUCCUGUGCAAUGUGUGAGAAAGAAGUUCAUGGAGAACAGUCUCUCAGCUGCGGGCGAUGUCGAGCAGUGGUCUACUGUACUUCUCUCUGCCAAAAGCAGCACUGGAAGGAAUCACAUAAAAGCAUGUGUGGUCUGUACAAAGCUAUGAUGGAAAGGGAAGAAGAGCUUGUAAUGAAAAUUUUCAUGUUCCCUUGCUUGGCUGACCAACCUUGUAAAUGGCUUGAAUCAUUAGGUAUCCAUCAGAAAGGGAUGUGGAGAAGGAAGUGCAAUUGUUAUUCACACUGCCCUUUCGGUCUCCUUCCAGUUAAAGGUGGGCUAUGGGAUUCCUGGGGUGGGUUAGAUGAGGAAGAAUACCCUGGUGAUUUACCCUUUCGCAAUCAAUUACGAGAUGGGAUCUCCAGCCCUAUCCUGCUCUCUGGUUGGUCCGAGUACUAUAACCUUCGAUCUCUGCCAUUGUCGAGUCCUGUUGCUGAUAUCCUUUCCCACCCUUUGACAGUAUAUUAUAUAUUGACAGCUCUCAGUAUUAAUUCAAAGAAUCUUUUACUAAAAGGAAAGGAGGUGAUUCUUCACUACCUGGGGCCAGAAGGAGAGAUGGAUUGGAUGCCUGCAUUUGCUGAGAUCAGUCACUUAUUAAACGGGUUGGGAAAUAUACAAAUAGUUAUGGUUGGACCUGAAGUUCCAACGAGCUUGUCAGGUACAACAUCAGGAAUUAGCAGCAGAGUUAGGGUGAAUCUAGUCAGGGGUGUUUAUCAGGAAGAAGCCACCUACUUGCCUUCACCCCAUGUUAUAGUUGCACUGAACUGUGCAUUGGAUAGGUACUCCAAUUGGGGUGGUGCUCUUGAUUUGAUUAAAGCCAUCGGAGUCCCUGCUUUCUUUACCGAGCAGUCAGAAAUUUUGUGUGCAAAUGCUAAACAGGUUCUCCGUGGUGCUGGACUACAUAUCACCCACCCUGUGGCACCAAAUCCCUUCCGAUCUCCGGUGAAGAAUCACAAUUCUUCCACCAAUCUUCCUUCUUACAGCAAUGGAUUUGUGCUGGGGGUAAACACAUGACUCAAGUUUCAGGAACUAGCGGAAGUUAGAACCUAAAGUUUGUCAUGAUUUUAUUCUUGAAACAUAUAUUGUAUGCUCUUGAUUGUUUUACCUACUGAUCACAGGUAUUGCCUGAGAGUCAAUGUGGGAAUGAAAAUCUAAAUGUAAUUGAGUUGAAUUACCAACUAGUUGAUGUAAACUUCAUUGUUAUUCCGUCAUUUCUGAUUAAAAAAACAACCAAUGCUUGUACGCGAGUUUUAUGUUC